UUAAACAGUAGGUUAAACAUUUAUCUACUCAUACGUCCUUGCUUAAUGAAAGCUUCUAAUAAAAAUUGCAAUAAAAAAUAUUGAAAUCUUUAUUACUAAAUGCCCAGCUUUUAUGUCUCAGUAAAUAGCUGAAGUAUUUUCAAUGAAUAAUCAAAGGCAAAAAGCAGACAAGAAAGUUGUUAUUCUUGGAAACUCAAAAGUUGGUAAAUCAUGUCUUAUUAAUCGUUACAUGAAUAAAACUUUUUCUGAAAAUACGAUAUCCACUAUUGGCUGCUGCCACUUUUUAAAACAAUGGGGCGAAAAAAACAUUGCUGUAUGGGACACUGGGGGACAAGAAAAGUUUAAUGCUAUUAACAGUUUUUAUUGUCGCUAUGCCCAUGCUGUAAUACUUUGCUAUUGUUUGAAUGAUCGUUCAAGUUUUGAAGCCAUUGAUACAAACUUUAUUCCAUUGCUUUCAUCAGUGUCAGAAAAUUGUUUGAUAGUUUUAGCUGGAACAAAACUUGACUUAUUAAAUACGUCAACUGUUGAUAAUUCGAACCAAAGAGCUGUUUUACCUGAGGAAGCUAUAGAAAAAUCACUUGAGUUAACACAAAGGUUUAAAUCUCCUGUUGAUCCACAAGGAAAACGUCCUGUUUUUGAAACAAGUGCGAAAGAAAAUAUUCAAGUUCAGGAAUUGUUCGAGUUUGUGUUUAAAAUUUUAGUAACUGAAACAUGUUGCGAGUUAGAACCUAAUAAUCCAUUGGAAACAGUUACUUUAGAAGUCUCUUAUUUUAACAAAUUUAAAAAAAAAUGCUGUUAAAUAUUUGAAGCAAUAUAUUGGUAUAUAAUAAAUUGCAAAUUAAAAAUAUAAUAUUUAA